GGUGUUUGACGGAGAGCUUCAGCAGCAUCUUUCAGGGUAUCCCCCCGUUCCCCCUCCCUCCCUCCUUUCAGCAGCAUCUUUCAGGGGGACGUCUUGUCGAGCGCCCCUGUGCCCCGUGCCCCUUGCCCCCUCUCAUCAGACCACCUCAAGGGGAGUGGAGUUCUGCGUUGUGACACGGACGCCAGCAGUGGAAGGACUUCACAGCUGCCAGGCUGAGCUGGCAGGAAGCAGCCACUGGAGCACGUGGGGAGAGGAGGGGAGGAGAGCGAGCAGCAGCAGGGACGUCCUGGUUCUGAGAGGCAGCAGGUGUGUCGUGGCAGCGAUGUGGAGAGUGAGUGGGGGGGGCGAGAGCAUGGCGGGGAGGCAGAAGAGGCGGUGA